AUGUCUAAGUUUUUGAUUUGGAUGAACAGAGAGUCAGGGAUUGUCCCCGCUAUCUCAGGUACCCACAAUGUUCCUCUGUUAGGCAGUGUCCCACGUCAUUGUUCUGCCCGCUCUUGGGUCCACACUGUGGGCGGCCAAGCGUAUGCUGAUGAGAUUGUGUCCUCGAAGAUGUGUCUUGAGAGCCUGCGAAACAUGUGUGCAGAACGUGUGGCACAGACCAAGGGGGUGUCGCCUCCUUUCGGUGAGGGGGUGACUAGUCCAACUCCUGGCGGUGAUGGUGGUCAAGACCUCGUAGAUGUCGAGCCAAAUGUUGAUGUGCCAGAAGUCAUGGCCAAUGCCUGCAUCGAGGAACAAGUCAAUGUCGCUGUAGAAGAGGAAUGGGAAGUGUGGUAA